CCUUUCCAAAAAAGUUAUACCUUCAUCAUCAUGUCAACUUCCAAAACCCUAGAUCAUACUAAACACUUUGAAACAUCCCAAACUCAAAUGGGUUUUGCUCUCACAACCAACGCAACCACCACCACAACCAGCGAGAGACGAGGCCGGAGAUCAAAGCAAGCAGAGCCAGGGAGGUUCUUAGGAGUCAGAAGACGUCCAUGGGGACGUUACGCAGCUGAGAUUAGAGAUCCAACCACCAAAGAACGUCACUGGCUCGGCACUUUCGACACUGCUCAUGAAGCCGCUCUUGCUUACGAUAGAGCAGCUCUUUCGAUGAGAGGCACUCAAGCUCGAACUAACUUUGUCUACACUCCAAAUGAUGUUCACACCAUACUCACAAACCCUAAUCUCCACUCUCUCAUUGUCUCUCCUUACAAUAACCAAUCUUUAUUACCAAACUCUUCUCCAAAGUUUGUCAUUGAUCACCAUCCUCAUUAUCAAAACUAUCAUUACCAUCAGCAACCUAAACAUACUCUCCCCCAAACCGGUUUACCCGUUGCUUCUCUUAAAACCCCGGUUCGUAAUCAAAACGCUGAUAUUCAAGCGUUUGGUACUAGUCCUCAAAACUCAUCUUCUAACGGCUCGUUAUCUUCUUCACUAGACGAAGAAAACAACUUCUUCUCGUUAGAAGGAACUAACUCAGGUUACUUGGACUGCAUUGUCCCAAACCAUUGCCUUAAACCACCUCCGGAAACCACCACCAUCCAAAACCAAACCGGAGCUGGUUUCACAACUCCAACAAGCAAGGCUUCCGAGUCAUACGAAGGGUUUAAUAAUAGUUACUUUCAAGAUGGUGACAUGAUGAUGGAGUUUGGUUCGUGUGAUCUCUCUGCCAUGAUCACUAACUAUGGUGCAGCUGGUACUUCCAUGUCAAUGGAAGAUUACGCAAUAAUGGAGCCUUCUAUUGCUGCUUUUGGAGAUGUUGUUGCAGACACUACAGGCUUCUACUCACUCUAUUAG